AUGUUCAGAAAGAUCCAUUCCAUCCUCCACCACGGCCCUCAGGGGAAGGCGGCAGCCGAGGGCCCCUACUACGCAGGAGCCAACCCCAAUGUCAGGCUGAUUCGUAGUAGCUCCAUGUACGUGGUUGGGGACCACUUCGAGAAGGCCGGCGAGUCCUUGAAGAAGUAUAGAAGCACCCACAGCAUGGACACCAGCCUGCAUUACCUGCAGCAGGAGGACCGUGCCUGGAUGUACUCCCGCACCCAGGACUGCCUGCAAUAUCUUCAGGAGCUGCUGGCCCUGCGAAAGAAAUAUCUCAGCAGCCUGGGUGACCUGAGGCCCCGGCGCGCACAGGGCGCUGGGUCCACCUCCUCCAAGUCCUCCAAGGGAGCACAAAAGACCCCAGCAGAAGGCAAACCUAAAGAAGUUAAGAAAGCAGCCUCAAAGAAAUACUCUCAGUUCAGCACCGAUGUGGCCGAGGCUAUUGCCUUCUUCGACUCCAUCAUUGCAGAACUGGACACAGAGAAACGACCGAGGACCGCUGAGGCCGACCUGCAUAACGAAGAUGUGGACUUUGAUGUGGCAACCAGUUCCCAGGAGCACAGUUUGCAUUCCAACUGGAUUCUGCGGGCACCACGCAGACAUUCCGAGGCCGUCUCUGCUCCCGCCACUGCAGACAGCCGGUUUCGAAGGAGCACAGAACACAGGGUCACUGGCACCCAGAGGAGGCUCGAGAGACACCCCAUUUACCUGCCCAAGGCUGUGGAAGGGGCAUUCAACACCCUGAAAUUCAAGCCCAAAGCCCACAAAAAAGACCUAGGGAGCUCCAGACAGAUCCUCCGCGGCUUCUCCAGAGAAGACACGGAGUGGGACGAGGCGCUCGAGACGCUCUUUGCGCAGGAGUCCCUGGGGGCUUUGGAGGAGGCUCACUUCGAGGCAGAGAAUCCCGAAGGGCAAUGGCUGAUUCGAGAAAGACUCUGGGAGCGGACCGUGCCCUGA